AUGGAGCAACUGUCGACAUCGGAUCAAGUGAAAGUGGACGAUUUGAACGACGCCAUCCGUCGCCUGACGCAGGAUAACAAGGAGGCGUUCAGUCAGAGAAUGAAUUUAGAGGCCACGAAGAACAAACUGGAGAAUCUGCUCACCAAUAACUUGAUACGGCGUAAGGACGAAUUAGUCCAAGCUCUGCAGGAGAUAUCGGUUGAGGACCGCAAAAGAAGACUCCAAAACAGCAAGUCGGACUUGAACACGGCUGAGAAGAGAAUUAAGCAGAUCAACAAAGAGAUGGAAGAAGUGGAGAGGAAGGUUCAGGCAGCUGUCAAGAAUGAAAAGGCUUUAAAACAGGAGUUAGACAAGUGGAGGAACAAGGAAAAAGAAGCGCAGGAUAAAAUGGAGGAGGACGCCAAAGGCCUGGAAAAGAUGGCGUCGAAGGAAGUUCUUCUCCAGGAGAAAAUUCAAGAGUCUCUAGACAAGAUUGCCGCUUUGGGAACAUUGCCUAAUGCCCCCGAAUUGCAUACCAAAUAUGAGAAGAUGUCACUCAAACAGUUAUUCAAAGAGCUGGAGAAGGCGAACCAACACCUCAAGAAGUACAAUCACGUCAACAAGAAAGCGCUGGACCAGUUCAUCAGCUUCUCGGAGCAGAAGGAGAAAUUGUACAAACGAAAGGAGGAGCUGGAUGUCGGUGGCGAAAAGAUUCGCGAAUUGAUCGAAACACUAGAGCACCGUAAGCUGGAAGCCAUCCAGUUUACGUUCAAGCAGGUGAGCAAGAACUUCACGGACGUGUUCAAGAAGUUGGUGCCGCAAGGGCGCGGUUCGCUGAUCAUGCGCAUCGCGAGCGAAGAACAGACGGAAAUUCAAGCUGAUCGAAGUGUAAACGCAGAACAAUUCACGGGAGUGGGUAUCCGCGUGUCGUUCACCGGCGGAGAAGGAGACAUGCGUGAAAUGAACCAGCUCUCCGGGGGGCAGAAGUCCCUCGUCGCGUUGGCUCUAAUUUUCGCCAUACAGAAGUGCGACCCGGCUCCCUUCUACCUCUUCGACGAAAUCGAUCAGGCGUUAGACGCGCAGCACAGGAAAGCGAUCGCGAAUAUGAUCCACGAGCUAUCGUCGAGUGCGCAGUUCAUCACGACCACUUUCCGGCCGGAGCUGUUGGAGCAUGCGCACAAGUUCUACGGCGUCAAGUUUAGGAACAAAGUCUCGCACGUCGAGUGCGUCACGCAAGAGGAGGCGAGGGACUUCGUCGAAGACAGUGCUACUCACGCCUAG